UCACAGCUCACGGCUGCGCUUUCAAGGGCAGUUCUUGAGCUGAGCUUUCAGAUCACAUUUUGCUGAAAAACUAUAAGCUAUGUUCUCUAUCUAUUCAUAUGCCUGGGACACUUUCUUUUACCUUCUCCAUUCAGCCUGCAAUGUGGCAGCUCUAAAAGGGGAAACCAAGAAUUCACGAGUGCCCGCGACCCCGGGAGACACAGGACACGGCCAUUCCUUCUGCCCAGGGGGCAGCGGGGCGUCGGAGGAAGAAGAAUAUGAUGAACUCAUUUUCCCGGAGAAUCGCGAGGAAGGCCUGUCUCAGGAUCCUACACAAGAUGGGUCAGGAGGGCUGCGGGAGGAUGAAGGGACCCCGCAGAGGCUGAGGCUCAUCCUGGUGGGAAAACCCGGAAGCGGGAAAAGCGCAACAGGAAACAGCAUCCUCGGCCGGAGAGUGUUCAAGUCCAAGGUCAGCGCCAGGCCCGUGACCAAGGCCUUCCAGCGGGGGCGCCGAGCGUGGGCGGGGAAGGAGCUCGAGGUCAUCGACACCCCCGGCCUCCUGUCCCCGGGGGCGGCGCCGCCAGGGCGCGCUCGGGGCGGCUGCGAAGCCAUCGCCUUCUCGUCGCCGGGGCCGCACGCGGUGCUCCUGGUGACGCCGCUGGGCCGCUUCACCGAGGAGGAUCGGGAGGCGGUCGGGCGCCUCCAGGAGCUCUUCGGGGCCGCCAUCCUGGCCCGCACCAUCCUGGUGUUCACGCGCAAGGAGGAGCUGGACGGCGGCUCGCUGGAGGAGUACCUGCGAGACACCGACAACCGGGAGCUCGCCAAGCUGGACGUGCUCUGCGAGCGGCGACACUGCGGCUUCAACAACAAGGCGCAGGGGCCGGAGCAGGAGGCGCAGCUGCAGGAGCUCAUGCGACACAUCGAAGGCGUCCUGUGGGAGCACGAAGGCCGUUACUACAGCCGCCAGGCUUACCGCCCCCCCCAGCGGCACGUUCUGCGCCAGCGAGGGCGGGAGGGCCGGGGCCCCCAGGGCCAGGGAAGGGCUCAGCGAGGAGCCGAGCCGGCAGGGACUGCGGCGCAUCCAGAAGGAAUCUGAGCGCACUCGCGGACAGCUCCUGGAGAGGCCGCCCAGCUGACACGCGCUGCAUUUCACGCAGCCACGGCUGCUUCCUGCGGCCUCCCUCGGCCCCGGGGUCUGGCUUCCAGCCCCUCCCUGGCUCUCUCCGUCCCACAGGUCAGGUCACCGCCCCUCCCAGUGUCCAGGGCAGGGUCUGGGGCGGCGAGCGGUGCGCGGGCUCCUGAGUUGCCAGGUCCUUCAUCACACCUUCCAGAACCCGCGGGCCCUCCCUCCUCCGUGCCCCUCCCUCCUCACGUCUCCUUGGCGUUCCGAGUCUGCAGUAGAACACCGGUAGAAGCACAGCUUCCUGCGGGCAGGCCCGAGCCUCAUUCGUCCGUGUAACUCCCACAGCAUCCUGGCCACUGGAGUCGCCGCUUAAACGUCGAUGUAGCAGAUCAGGGUGGGAUGUCGACCAGGUGCCUCUGCAUCUCUUGGGCUGUGUCCUUGCCCGCUAAGGGGGCAGGCACGAUGACUUUUGAGGCCCUGCACCGUGUGGGGCAGGGCAGGCACUGGGCUGGGGAGGAGAAAGCCAAGUAGAAGCGGGAGGGGGAGAAGGCACAGCCCUUUUAGUCACUCUUGAAAGAGGCCACCCAAUCGCAGCCAAGGAGCCCCGUGGGAACCUCUG